GUUUGGUUGUGUUCGGUUAAAAAAAAUGGUGGAACGUUAUCUUUGCUUGAUGCUGAGUGGAAAGAUUCAUGGCAUUGACCUGAGCAAAUUGGUACCCAUAGACGAAGAGGUCGAGGUCGUGGAAGAUCACUACUACUCAGAGGAGUAUUGGGAAUGGAGCAGACCGCCGCCUCCUCCACUACCACCACCUUCGUCCUUCGAUUUCACAAUAGAUCUUCCAUCUUGGGACAUGCAAUUAUUCUCUUUGGAUUCUAAGAUUUUUUUAGUUGGUGGCUCCGACGACAACAACCAACCUUGCUACCAAAUCUACGAAUUUCAAUGCCAUGUCGCUGCCGCCGCCGCCGCCGACGACGGCGGGAAUAAAAAGACAGAGUUAAAUCCGUGCGAGUCAAUUUCAAAAGUGCCGGCAUACAUUGACUUUUAUAAUUCCCAUAUUGCUUGCGUUUCCGGUGAAGCUUACUUUCUUAUAUUCAACGACGAAGAAUGGUGUUUUUGGAUUCUCCGGGGUUGUGGCGGCGAGUGGGAACGCUUGCCGCUUAAUACUCUCCUCGAGACUCAAGAUUCCUUGCGCGUUUACCAUGGUUGCCAGAUUCAAAGGUCACAAUGGCUCUAUUCCGACAAAAGGCUAUUUCUUCCUUCCUGGGUUCAAGAUUAUAAUAAUUCCGAACAAGUUUUGUGUUGUUUCGACCUACAAACUCGGCAAUGGACAAUGGAAGAAUUUGACUGCUUCACUUCUUUCCAUUUAUGUUUAAACGAUGAAGAUGGACGGCCAUUACUGCCCUGUCUAUUAGUGUCCACUGUUACAGGUCUUGAAGACUACACGAACUAUAGUGUGAUGCUUUCAUACUCACUCUCAAAGUCGAAAAGAGAUGCAUGUUUCACUGCUGAAAAUUAUCCAUCACGAAUACUCGCGAUAACAAAGAUAUUUGCUAUGUUGGUAAAUCGAAAUGGAGUCUGUGUCUAUCAAAGAAUCAGUACUUGUCUUUUAUUUAAGAAAAUCAAACCCUACUUUACGAGUGUAAAAGAAAUUUUCUUCGUUGAUCUUGGCGAAGGCAAAACCUGUGCCAUGCUCUUUGGCUUUGCACUUCAAGAUGGAACCAAGAAAGUCAAAAACAUCGUCCUUUGCGUUUCGAUCUUUACUCUUAGCUUAAAGGAUGAGUUCGACAUCACUACUGCUAAUCAUGUUGAAUCCUGGAAUCAGGAGCAAAGAUUCUUAUCUGUUCGUGUUCUGAGCAGUCAUGUCUACACCAUUAAAGAGAACUUGGAAGCCAUGGAUUAUGAUGUUGACAUUCAACAAGUCUUUGUUUGUCCCCCACCAUGAAGAAAU